UGGCGCCCGAGCCUCCCUUGGGCAGCCCCGGCACCCUAACAGGGCGCACCGGGCGGCGGCUUUCUACCUGCCCGCUCCCUACCGAGCGCCACAGGGCGCAGCUUAGGCCGCGGCCCUGAAUCCCCGGAUGUUGCGGGGCUGAGGCGGCUGUGAGGGGCCGUCGCGUGACGCCGCCGCCGUUUGUUGCGUAAGGCCUUCGCGAACCCCUGAGGCGUCUGCCGACCCCCGCUCCGCCCCGCAGAGUCCCAAGUCAAUGGGCCCUGACUAGACGCGACAGGAGCGCUGGCUCCCGUGCUUCGGCCAAAAGGCUUGGCCUCGCCACCGCCUCCUUCUCUGGCCACGCCGCGAGCUUCCCCUCGCGUAAUCGGGCAACCAGGUGAAACCCGAGGGCGGCGCUGAGGCAGUUUCAAUAAGCGGAGGCCUCGAGUGGGCGGGCCGACGCGGCGGGGGCGGGGGCGGGGGCGAAACUUUUAUUUGAAAGGCGGGUCCGUCGUCCAAUAGGUGGGCGGCUCCGGGCAUCCGAGAGGCGGGCCUUGGCUCGGAGAACGAAUCCGGGGCUGCGCGAGAGCAACCAGCCGACAGCUCCACUAACGGUUCGCUCUUGUGUCCCUCCCCGCUUGCCGUCCCGUUUGGGGUUGCCAAGGCAACUAACAACAAACGCAGAGCUUUUCUCUCGGUUCUCUCAGGCGAGUUGAGAAAAAGGGGCGAGAGGUGGGGUUUCGUUAUCGCUCCCGCCGCUUCCUCUCCCGCUCCCCACAGUCAAAUAGGCCGAGGUGGGAUAAGACUGAUAGGAGUGCGAGGAGCCGUUUUGUGACGUCACCUUCAGGUGGGGCGGGAGAGGACGAGUGUUUCUGAGCAUGGGCAGAGGGCCUCGUCCACACGAAGGGGCGGCUAACCCAGGCAGUGGGGAAUAAGUGGGUCUACGGCUGUUCCUGGCCGUUGGCCCCUCUGUUUUAGGGCUGCUGGGACCUGAAGUCCAGCAACGUCUUGAGGUCCACAGAAUCCACGCCCCCCCCCCCCCCGUGCUUCCACUGGUGCAAUUCGGCCGAUGGGAUUCCGCCUCAAGCGGUCCAGUUCAGGGUGCGCCUUUAAAGUGGAUUUCAUAAACUCUGCGAGACUUCUUUGCGCUGAAGAAAGUGGGGGGGAAAACGCACUGGAUAAUAAUAAUAAUAAUAAUAGUAAUAAUAAUAAUAGUUUAUUUCUACCCCGCCCAUCUGGCUGGGUUUCCCCAGCCACUCUGGGCAGCUUUCAACAUAACAUUAAAAUCAGAAUAAAACUUCUAACAUAAAAAACUUCCCUAAACAGGGCUGCCUUCAGAUGUCUUUUAAAAGAUAGUUGUUUAUUUCCUUGACAUCUGAUGGGAGGAUGUUCCACAGGGCGGACUCCACUACCAAGAAGGCCCUUUGCCUGGUUUCCUGUAACUUUGCUUCUUGCAAGGAGGAAACUAGCAGAAGACCCUUGGAGCUGGACCUCAGUGUCCGGGCUGAAUGAUGCAGGUGGAGAUGCUCCUUCAGGUAUACUGGGGUGAGGCCGUUUAGGGCUUUAAAGGUCAGCACUAACACUUUGAAUUGUGCUCAGAAACGUACUGGGAGCCAAGGUAGGUCUUUCAGGACCGGUGUUAUAUGGUCUUGGUGGCCACUCCCAGUCACCAGUCUAGCUGCCGCAUUCUGGAUUAAUUGUUGUUUCCGGGUCACCUUCAAAGAUAUCCCCACACAGACUGCAUUGCAGUAGUCCAAGUGGGAGAUAAUUAGAGCAUGCACCACUCUGGCGAGACAGUCUGCAGGCAGGUAGGGUCUCAGCCAGUACGGGAUUAAAUUUGCUUCAUGCGACAUCAUGUUACCUCCUUGCAAACAAAUCAAGAUCAAAAUGAACAUUCAGUGAAUGAGUUGUGUGGAAGUAACCAGGGAUUGUUACUCUUGCAUUUGAAAGCAGAGCAUCUGUCUUAUGUUUGUGUGUGCAGAUUCCCAGCAAAUGGGAGACUCAGGGCACUUCCAGACCUAUUUAUUGCACAUUUAUUCACAUUUGUUGGCAUGUGAUUGAAUUCCACCUGAAAUUAGUGACAGUCUAGAAGUGACCCAGCUCCUCUUCUUCCAGGAAGUGCUUUUAAAAAAAUCAUUAUAAAAUAAUGGAAUUGGAAAACAGGUCACUAAUCCCUAAUAAUAGGUAUAGCUUAUUACAAGUCAUCUUUUAAUAUAUUUUUAGAUUGUGGUAACCUGCUCUGGGACCUCAUGGUGAAGGGAGGUUAAGAAAUUAAUCAUAAAUUAAUAAUAUCAACCAUGUUGAAUGGUAACAUGUUAAAGAUAGACAAGAAUAAACUGAGUUGGGGGAAUUGCUGGGGCCAAAGAUGUCUGUGACAUUUCUAUGCUGAUCUCAAAGAUAGAACAAGAAAGCAUGGUGACCAGUAAAUUGUACAUUGCCCUAGAAUCCUAAACAAAAUGAAUGAAUAUAUGUUUUAAAAUUAAAAAUAAUGGUCAUUUUGAAUUGAACCUUGAAUGUAGACUUUUCUGUCUGUUUUGUCAGUAAGGCUACUAAAUCCACAGUUUGCAGCUCAAUCUUGUGCAUAUUUACAUAGAAAUAAUAGUAAUUAUUAUUUAUAACUUGUUACCCCAGCCACUAUGGACAGCUUCCAAAAGAAUAUAAGAAAAGCACAACAAAACACCAGACAUUAAAGGUUUCCUGAUACAGGGCUGCCUUCAGUGGUCUAAGGGAGGGCAUUCCGUAGGGUGGGCACCACUACCCGAAAAGGCCUUCUGCCUGGUUCCUGUAGCUUCACAUCUCACAAUGAGGAAGCUGCCAGAAGGCCCUCAGAACUGGACCUCAGUGUCCGGGCUAAACAAUGAGGGGGAAGAUGCUCCUUCAGGUAUACAGGACCAAAGCUGUAUACUCACUUGAGUAUAAAUCCCACUGAGUUCAGUGGAACUUAUUCUCAAGUAAGUGUUCUCAGGACUGCAAGCAGCUACAGGCAGUAGUAGUUAUACCACAAUUUAAAAUAUUUUCCCAAAUAAAAAUUACAAAUUCAUGUAAGUUUUGCAUUCUGAUCCUUUGCAGGCAGCUCAGAAUGCAGAACCCAUUGAGGUCAAGGAGACUUAAGUAUAGUUUGAUUGCAAUCACAGUUACCGUAUUAGCAGUACAUUACUAUAUGUUUACUGAGAAGGAAGUUUCACUGUUUUCAGUGGUGCUUAUUUCCAGGUGGUUAGCACAGGAUUGCAAUCCUAUACACACUUAAUUAAGAGAAAGUCCAAUUCUGCUUGUUGUGGAGUACUUAGACAUGUACGUAUAAGAUUGCACUGUUGAAAGUGUUUGCGAAUGUAUGAGUUUGUUUCCUGUUUCCAGAUCUGAGUACUUGCGCUUCUAAUUACAUCCAUUAGGGUAAUGAGAGGUGCACAAACUCAUAUUUGUAACCUCGCUCAAGCUGUGAAGGUAAACUGUGACUGUAUAAAAGGCAACUGAAAUUUUAGCAGAGGUGUAAUAUGUACUGAAUAGAAUGAAUUAAGGCUUCUAUCUCUGCUGUAACUCCUGCAUUCCCUGACUUUGCUUGCUACUAAAUUCAUAAGUAGAACUUUACAACAAUCUGUUGUCAUUUAAUAUCCUAGAGUUUAUUUCUAAUGGCAGAACUGAAGAAACAGAGGUGCUCUAUUGAAUCUUUGACUUUUGUAUUGACUGCUUUGCUGUGCUUUUAAACAUCUGUUUGAACUGCAAUUAGCUAGUGGAAAUAUGUACUCCCAAGCUGUAAAAAGUAGGGCCCACUUAACCAAACCUUGGUGAGUUAAGUGUAUGAACUUUAAUCACAUAAACAGAUAAAUUUGCAUAUGGGGGGAUUCCUGCGGAAGAUAGCAUACUUUUUGUGUUUAGAUGAUGCAUUCAAGCAUAGCAUAUGUACAACAGUGCUUUUUUUCUGGGGGGAUGCAGGCGUAUGCAUACCCCUAAACAUUUUGUGAAUCUAAGUUUGGCAUCAUUGAGCGGCAGUAUUUCAAUAUGAGUAGGAAAAUGAGAGUACCCCCAAACAUUUUUUUAAGAAAAAAGCACUGUGUACAUACAUCAGUAAUUUUAUUUAUAUAUCACCUUUCCACUGUUCAAACCAUGCUCAAGGUGGCUGGCAACAUGAAAAGUAUACAUACUUUCAUAAAUUGCAACAAGAUAUAUAAUUAAUAAAUGAACUCUUCCUCAAGCAGAGUUGCAUCUCUCUUUUUAGGCUAGCUUCAACACAGACACUCACAGACCCCACUCUCUAUGCUCUAUCCAGACACACAAGAGUCAUCAUCAGUAUUCAAGGACACAUUCCAGCCAGGGGAAAAAUAUUUACAGAUGGUGCAGCUAGGGAGGGUGUGUAGGCUGGGGACAUUCUGAUGGUCAGCUAGAAAUUCCUGAAGAACCACAUCUGGCCCAGCCCUGCACCAGGGUCAGCCUACAACAGCAGCCCUCUCAGUGUCUGACCAUUCACCACGAAGUCAGGAAGUCAUCUGGGAUUGAGGCAGGAGGUCCCUCCUCUUACAGGAAGAUCUGAGGCUGCCUUCCUAGCCUUCCUUCAUGCUAGCUGCACCCCAUUUCUUGAAGAAAAGGGGGGUUAUUCAUGCAAAAAACAUCAUGUUAGAAGAGGAACAUCUCUUGUCUUUCAUUUGUGGGCAUUUUGCCUUGAUAUGGCACUUGCCAUAUAAGAACCUGUAUUAAAAAUAAUUUUAAAUUACUCUUCCCCCCCCACCCCGGCAUGGCUUCUCUGGUUUCAUAGUAAGAAAGAGAAGGAAGUGCAGUCUGUGGUCCUGAAAGAAAAUUAUUUUAAAUUAAAUACCUUGUCCCUGGUUAAAUGAGUUCUUGUUUCGGAUUGAUCAAAACAUUUUUCAUCAACAGAUCUCAUAAAUAAGGCAUUGCAGCCCCAGAGUAAAGAUAGCUCCAGAGUAUCAGAUAGCAAAUUGCAGUGAUGAUUAUUGUUAUUUUGUGCUCUUUGUGUCUUAAGUAUAAUGUAGGCAUUUGUGUUCACGCUUCAUUCAGUAAAUGAUGCAGUGGGUGGGGAAUGUAUGAGUUUCAUAACUUCAGUUGUAAUAUCUGUAACAUCUGUAUAUAUUAGACCAACAAAAAUUCUGUUUUUCAGCUACAGAAAUAAUGCAUUUCUCUUGUUAAUGAAGCUGCAGGUGGGAUAGAAACCUAUUGAGAGACAAUGUCCAUUCCAUUCUCCAACACCACUCAACGCAUUCCUCCAGGAUUUGCAAAUCUGCUCGAAGGGCUUGCCAGGGAAGUCUUGAGGAGCCAGCCUGCGGAUAUACCAAGCUUUGCAGCCAAGUAUUUUGAAACUCUUCUAAUUGAAAGAGAAAGUGAGCAUAAACUGAGAUAAUAUCACAUAUGUUUAACGUGUAUGUGCACACAUUCUUCUCCCUGAGGAAAGAUCCAAACCAACCUAAUCCUAUGCAUGGUUACUCAGAAGUCCCACUGUGUUCAGUGGGACUUCCAGGUAAGUGUGUACAGCAACCUUUUUCAACUGGUGCCCUCCAGAUGUUUUAAACUACAGCUUCUAUCACUCUCAGUCUUUCAAUAUUUAGGGAUGAUUGAAGCUGUCCAUAGCAUCUGGAGGGCAGAUGUGGAAGUUUACUGUUUGUGGUUGCAGCCAUAAGACACUACCCAGUGCUAGCUUUACACAAACAGAGGCAUUUUCUUUAGGUCAUGGGAAACCUAGAUUGGUGGGAUGGGAAGAAGAAAAUGCACUGGAAGUCUAAGGGUGCAGAGAAGACAUGUUCCUCUUUCCCUUCUUGGCCAUUUGGUGUGCAAAUACAGAGCACAUGGCUUGCUCUGUGAACAAGGAGCAAAGAUUCCACAUCUUUACACUUCUCUUUCCCAAGAUAGAAGGUUUCUUACACACUGUUGCAUUUUGACCCUCUGCUAAAAGCAGGUGUAGGACUUUCCUGUCUACUUUAUAUAUAGGUACUAUCCAGGAAAGUGUGUUGAUAGUUAGUAGGAUUGCAUCUUGAGGCAAGGAAAAAGCCCCUGAUGGAUUUGAAGCCCCUUUCUUCAUUUGAAGCUACUUGACAGCAAGCCAAGUAUGAUUAAUUUCAUGUUGUUGUGGCCUCCUCUUGAUAAUGUGGUACUCCUAGUUCUUUGGGAGAAUUUUUACGAAGCAUUUUUUAAAAAAUAGCUGGCCGGAGGAAGCAGUCUUGCUGAUUGACCAAGCUACAAACAUGUGGUGGUGUUUUUAAUUGCAGGAUGACUCACAGUGAAGCUCAGAGCUAUUUGGCCUCUUCUUUGUUUUUAAAAUGUCUAGUAAAUGACACUUUUGGAGAAGGUUUAUAGCGUUAUGCAAGGAAAGUUAGUGAGCAGUGAAUGUUCUGGGUGCAAGAGAAAGAACCCCUUACCAUCUCAUAUAAUUAGUUUUCCUCUUCCCAGAGGCAAUACUCAGUUGUGCCUCAGAGCUGCAGGUGGAAGCCUACACUUUUUUGCUUGGAAUGACACCCUCCUUUCAAAAUACACUGUUCUUUAGCAGACCUUCAGAAUGUAAUUGGUUCUAUACGUGUAGAUGUUGCUACGCAGACUGACACUCAGGAGGGUUAUUUUAAUUUUAUAGGGCAUGCAGCAUCAGCAGUUUCAUAAUGGGGUUCUGUGAGUUCUCCACCUUUUAUCCACCUGGCCCCGAAACACAAAUUGUGAAGCCAGAUUUUAUUAUGCAGCUUAAGGACACCGUGCAGAUCUGUCUGCAUAAGCGGGACAGGAAAAAUAUUUCCAAACAUGGGGAGCCAGGCUAAGCUUCUUAUGUUUGCUUUUUAAGAGUCUAAAAAGUCAUGUUUAGGACAGGGAUGGAGAGAGAGCACGUCACCCUCCAGUUGUUGUUGAACUCCUGUUACCAUCAAUUCCAGCCUGUAUGACUCACAUACUGGGAGCCAACGUAGGUCUUUCAGAACCGGUAUUGUGUGGUCUCGGUGGCCACUCCCAGUCACCAGCCUAGCUGCCGCAUGAGUUGAAGACGCCUUUAUAUAUCUGUUAUUGUGAAUCACCUGGACUCUUCCCCCCCCACCUUGGUUGUGUUGACCCCCCCUUUUCUUGAGUUCAGUAUUUUUUUAAAGGGGCUUUCAUUUCUAUCCUACUUUUCCUCCAAAGAGUUCAAGGUAGUGCACCCACUUUAUCCUUGCAACCUGUAAUGUAGGCUAGGCUGAGAGUAGCUCUCCUAAAAUGACCCAGUGAGCUUUGUAGCUGGGUGGAUAUGUGAACCGAUAUCUCCUUGGUCUGAGGCCAUGAAAUAUAACCUUGUGAGCAUUUGUUUUGUUGUUUAUGUUUUUAAAAAUAUUUUACUGUCUCAAGGGAAACUGUUGAACUGUAUGAAUGCCUUAAGCCUGUUUGUGUAUUCCAGCCCCAAAGCAGGCUAUGCAUCUAAAAAGAAAUAAAGAGUUUGGGUCACAGGACACUGAGAUUGUUUCCCGCCUGUGAUUAAUGUACCUGUGGAAAUUGUCUGCUUAGGAUGGGUGAUGGUCAACAGAGGGGAAUAAGCAGUUGUACGCAAGAUGGGGUUGGUCCUCUAAAGCAGUACAAAUGAAGCAGCAGCUCUCAGUUUGUGGGACCUGAAGUAGUUGCUGAAAACAGAUAUAGGCUGCAAUACUAUUGAUACUUUCUUGGGAGUAAAUGUUUAUUUCUCAGGAGACGUGCAUAGGAUUGCAAUGUACUAACUCCUUUUUGCACCAUCUGUUACUUAAAAUGGUAUGAGUAGCCAGUAUAGUCACUUCUCAUUCUGCCACCCAACUGUCCUUGAUUACCAUUCUACUUCCCACUUACUCAUGCAAAAUUGGAUACCUUAACUCUGUAAGAUUGGGCAAAUGUUUCAUGACGUGUAUCAUUCCAGCUCUUACUCUACAUUUCUUUCAUUAUCAGACCCUUUUUCCCUGUCGAAAACAAGAUGUUUUAAAGCAUUGUUUUGCGCAUUCACUCAUUUACUAUAACCCAUCAUACUUGGUUGUUUCUGCUCUUUUUUUGGAAGGAAAUACAUGUGUUCUGACUUACAAUCCUGACUCAACUCCAUAGAGAAUUUUGCAGUUGCUUCCCCCUUUGUCUUGCACUUGGCUGUAUAUAAGUACACAGGUGUAAGUAUAAAUAGUUAAGAGAUUUUUAAAAGAAAAAUAAUCCUACAAUCCCUAAAGCUGAAAGUGCAUAACUAGACCAAGACAUGUUACUUGAUACCUGCGUUUCAUUGCAGCUGCUACUCUAAAUACUUGAAUGGGUAGCUUAUUUUGGGUUUGUCCCCAACUAAACUGUACUUAGAUUAGACACACAAGAACAAUAGAUCCAAGUUAGCUAUGCCUAUUUAAUUUUAGUGACCAGCAUUGGAUAUGACCCUUAUUUUAUAUAAAAUAAUUCAGUGUUUAUUUUCUUUUACAAAACUCUGUUUAGAAAGUGGUUAUGAUCCAUGUGAAUGGGGAGCAAAAAUAGAUGACCGAUACUACAAUAACCAUGCCUUCAAUGUAAGUCUUACUUUAUGGUGGGCAUAUUGGGGGGACGGGAUGGGACUAACAGGCCAGAGGGUGUGGGCAGAGACAGCUUAGUAGCAUAGGAAGCACUGUGGUGCUUUGGAAGGGCAGGUUAAACAUCUGCCACCGCCCCCAAAUUGCUAUGCCUGAACUGAAUCAAAAGCUCAGAAAUAAUUCUAGGUGCUCAUUUAACACUUGAAUGUGUCAAUUGUGUGAUAGUACUAUGGAAGGUGGUAGAAAAAACAAAUGUGUUUGUUGAUUUGGUCACAGAGGCUAUCAAGGCACAUAGUCCACCCCUUCUUAGACUGUGGGUGAGGAACUUGUGACCUUAAAUGGUGUCACACUUCAGUUCCCAUCAAUCCUGACUCACGUUGGUUGAGGAAAUGGAGUCUGACAACAUCUGGAAAGCUACAAGUUCCCUGAUCUAGAGAAAACCUCACACCCAAAUGAUUGUGAGCAACUCCCUAACCCUUCUCAUCCUACACCUUGAUUGGGCUUAAAUUAAGUAUCAUCUGUACCACCAGACCCUGGUGCUCUUCUUGCAAGCAAGUGCAUUGAAAAUAGCCUCUUUUUUUGCAGGAACUUGCACCACCAGGAGGUGGUGAUAAAGCAGAGGAGAAGAAGGAAGGAUCUGAGGCACAGCCAGUAAGAAAUUUUCAAUGAAUUCACUGUACUUUUCUUGAACCUGAAGACCAUUCUCAGCCCUUUGCUACAUAGCUAAAUCACUACUGACCUUGCCAUGCUCAAAAGCUGCCAUGAGGCCAGAGUAAUCUUUGCAUAGAGUGCAGCAACAGUCAAUUUGUCAAGAUCUUUUCACUUUUCUAAAUAAUUUCCAUUGCUUUUUACAGAGGGAGGCAUCCAACUAAAACAUCCCAUCAUCUUCCCACCAUGUGCACCCUGUGCCUUCCAGAGGGUAUGGGGAACCCCAAGAACAGAUUGGGGAGGGGGGAGAAUCUGCUGCACAAACAGAAAUCCUUCUGAACACAGGACUGUGACUUACCAACUUAGCUCUACUUUGGAUACAACCCAGAGACUCUCAUCGGUAGCAAUCUAUGGAGUCUCCUCUUCCCUGCAUGGAUUCCAGUUUCAAAUCCCUAGUUGCUGAUCCACUGAAAAAAAUCCUUCACUUGAAGUGAAAUGUAUGGGUGGGUGGGGGAAAUUAGCCUAGUCACAUAAGUGAGAGCAGUUAACACAUCUCUAGAUCUGCUUUGGAUAAAGUGGCAGACAGUGGCAAUGUGGUGUGGGAAAAAUUAAACAGAAAAUUUUCCAAUGGAAAGUUUUCCCAUUUCAUAAAUUAAUUAGUAACUAUGAAUGGAUGCCAGUUGCAAAUGCAAUAUUAGGUAAGCUUGAUGGUGUCAGGUCCUUACUUUUAAAUACAGGUAGAAUAAACAUUGCGAAUUAGCUCCCUCUCCCAUGUAAGUAGCGGGGGGGGGGGCAGUUGUCUCACUCAAAUCAAGUAAAGAAAUAAAAAUAUUUAACUAACUGACCAAUUGCAGAUAACUCAGUUCUGCCCCUAACAUAAAGCCUGCCCCCCCAAAAAAUCCUGGCUACGCCCAUGUCCUCUCCAAGGCAUCAGGAGAUUUUCCUAAGCAAGUUGCCCUAAUCUGCAUAGAAAUCUUCUGGAAAUCAACAUCAUUGGCAGCUGGCCCUAUUUCAGGCAUAGGCAAACUCUGGUCCUCCAGAUGUUUGGGACUACAAUUUCCAUCAUCCCUAGCUUAACAGGACCAGCGGUCAGGGAUGAUUGGAAUUGUAGUCCCAAACAUUUGGAGGGCCAGAGUUUGCGUACGCCUGCACUAUUUCUAACAUUUCCCCAAGACACCUGGAUGUUUGAGUUGGAUCUCUGAACCUGCAAUCAAAGGGAGCAGCUCAUCACUGAGAGCUAUGUUACACCUUUGUUCAACAAGUUCCAUCAGGGAAAAUGUAGGCACAGCCCAACCAAGUGUUUAAAGACCCAUUGCUUUCUAUGAAAAAGGCUUGCAGUGUGAGCAACACCAUAGGGCUAAGGUGAAACUGUCAUUCUCCCUUGUUAUUUCUACUGUUGCUAGAAGGUGUAAUGUUAAUUUAAUCUUGUUAUAUUUAUACUCUAUUAUUGAAAUACUGCUUUUUGCAUGCAGUUAUAAUUGCUGUUGUGUUGUUUUAUGAUGUUACUAUGAAAUUGUUCUUGCAGUGUUGAUUUUGAGGUGUAGUACUCUUUUCUUUGUUGUAAACCACAUUAAGCAUGCUUCUUUUUGUGGAAAGGCAGCAACAAAUAGGAUGAUGAUUAGGGCUGGAUGAUAUCUGGUUUUCAACAUCGUGAUAUACCAUCGGAUAAACAUAUCUCCUGCUAUACCACUGUAUCACAAUAUCUGAAAUAAGGUUGGAACUAUGUAGAGGCACUGGCUGGCUUAAUGGUUUUCUUCGCAUCUUACUUUUUGCAUAACACACACACAACAUGAUUCACAAUAUAUUGGUAGGUCAGAAAUUAUGAAACUGGUAUCAUGAUAUGGACUUAAAGCCAGUUUUGGACAAUAUAUUGGUAUAUUGCCCAGCCCUGAUGAUGAUGAUAUGCAUAUUUAGUCAGAAGGAAGCCCUGCUGUGUUUGUGGGGAUUAUUUCCAGGUAGGUGUGCAGAUAUUUGCAGGCUUAAGCUUCUGUUCUAUUCACCCAUUGAAAUCACUGGGAUUUGAAACUUCUUAACUAUGGAUGAAGUGUACCCUCUGUAUUUUGUAACGUUUGAAUGACAUUGAAGCCUUUGUCCAUUGCAGGCAAACAGAUUAGGCAACUGCAGCCUAUGGCAUUGCUCCCCUCUCUUCUGGUAGGGGAUUUUUUUUUCUUGCAUCCCAAGGAUGAACAGUUGGUAAUAUCUAAAUUCUGAGUGCUAAAUUCUCACAUUUUUAGCAGACAAAACUUCCUUUGAAAAAAUGAUGGAAAGUUGCCCAAGUGACAUACAGAACAUCUAGCACUAAAAAUAGUCCUGUGAAUAUAUUGUGGAAAGUACAUAUUUAAAAAAUGACAAAACAAGUUGCAUUUUGUUUUCCCACCCACCCUAGGACUCAUAAACCACCUUCCAAAAAGCCUUUGGAAUAAUGGAGGUUUGAGUUACUUUCAAAGCUCUCACUCUCUUUUUCAAAGAGAGAGCUAUAUAGCUCUUCAAACCCCUCAGCUGGUUAAAGGCAAAGCUUAGACAUGUACAUUUGUUUUUCUUUUCCAUUGUAAAGGAGGGAGGAGUGGAGAAACCACCAGCAGCUAUGAGUAUUAUGAGCCUAACUGAAGAAGAGGCUGCUACAAAAAUUCAAGCCACAUACAGGGGAUACAGAUCAAGGAGGAACACAAAAUCCACAAAAGAAGAAUUGGAAGAAGUGAGGGAGGAGGAGAAGGCACCGGGAAAGGAGGAAAAGCCAAGUGAACCUGAAAAGAAAGAGCCACAGUAAUGCUACACAGCAACCUGCCAGCAGUCAAGUUUAGAAGUGGCGUAAGGCAAAGCCCCUGGGUCUGCUUUAGGAGCAUGUGUCACGUUUAUGAAAUAAACAAUAACCUUCAAAAAUG